GGCUCCAGGGCAGCUUCCCCACCACGUGGCUUCAACAUGGCCGAGUUUGUGGACCUGAAUAUUUCCCACUUGGCGGAGAAGGCGUCGCUGCAGAAGCUGGUGGAGGCGGCAGCGCACCUUGGCUAUUCAACUGUUGCAAUCAAUUACGUCGUUGACUAUGAAGAAAACAAGAAGGAAAUUGUCAAGCCGGUGUCUCCCAAAGAAUUGUUUACAGCCCUGCCUCUUGUACAGGGGAAAUCCAAGCCAAUUAAGAUUUUAUCGAGGCUAACGCUGGUUGUUUCUGAUCCAUCACACUGCAAUAUUCUAAGAUCGACAUCUACCAACAUAAAAUUUUACGACAUCUUUGCUGUGUUUCCUAAGAGUGGAAAACUGUUUCAUGUGGCCUGCACAACCUUAGACGUAGAUAUUGUGUGCAUCAACGUAACAGAAAAGCUGCCCUUCUACAUCAAGAGACCCUCUGUGAAUGUGGCAAUAGAUCGAGGCAUCUACUUUGAACUUACUUAUGUGCCUGCCAUCAAAGACUCCACAAUGAGAAGAUACACGGUUUCAAAUGCACUCAGCCUGAUGCAGAUCUGCCGAGGGAAGAAUAUAAUUUUAUCCAGUGCAGCAGAAAAGCCUCUACAACUACGAGGUCCGUAUGAUGUGGCUAACCUAGGGUGGCUGUUUGGCCUGUCUGAAAGCAAUGCCAAGGCAGCAGUUUCUACAAACAGCCGAGGAGUCCUGCUUCAUGGGGAAGCCCGGAAGACUGCCUCUGGCGUAGUGUACACCAAGAAAAAAACUCGAGCCACGGAGGAAGAUGAGACUACUCCAGUCAGUAAAAAAGCCAAGACAGCUUUGUGACAAGAAGGCUCUUUUCAGGGGAGCCCAACAACCCCCAAACCUCUAAAAUACCCCAGUUGUGUGGCUUGAUGAGAAUAGGGUGCUUUACGAUUUGACGCCAGGACAGAAGAUAAUGUUGCACCUUGAAGAUGACAUUCCUCCUUGGCUUCCCAGUGGAAUAGGAAUGGGAGAUUAUGGACACUCUCUCUUAUGAUGAAGCCUUUUGUGCUGAAGACUUGUUUUAUUUUUACCAACCCUGUUGUUCGGUAAGUUUCUAGGACUCAAAUCUCCAUAGAUGCGUAAUCGCCCUGAUCACUAUCAAAUCAGUUCGUGCGCGCGCACACACACAAAUGAUUGCAUAGUUUCCCUGGCACCUGGGCACUGAAUUAAAGUCACAAGUUGCAACUGUGAAUUCCAAACAGCAGAGCUGUGAGCGUAUUCUGUUGUUUGUGCCCAGGGGAAAAAAAGUUGCGUGCUCUGCAGUGGGAGCAGAGAUCGUACGUUUGCUAGCCGUUCCUUAUCUGUGUUUAUAGUAGGGAGAGCUGACCAUCUGGAACACUUUGGGCAACGUGCAUUAGGUGUGGUGCAACUAGAGUGGUUUCCACUGCUGUUGCUUCUACUUUUUUAGCUGUUUGUGGAACGGCAACAAACCUGCUGCACCACUGGUAAAUUUCAAUGUUUUUCUUUAGCAUGGUCUGCCAUUUUCCUAUCCACACCUGUGGAUGAGUAUAGUACCCAUUGCCUGAUGUAUUUCUUCCCCCCUCAAAACUAUUUGAACAUGCACAGUGGUUGUUUCACAUCCUGAGCAAGGGGCCUAAUAAUAAUAAUAAUAAUAAUAAUAAUAAUUUAUUUACACCCCACCCAUCUGACUGGGGUCCCCAGCCACUCUGAGCAGCUCCCAACAGAAUAUUAAAAAACACUAUACAUUAAAACCUUCCCUAAACAGGGCUGCUUUCAGGUGUCUUCUAAAAGUCAAAUAGUUGUUUAUUUCCUUAACAUCUGAUAGGAGGGCAGGCGCCACCACCGAGAAGGCCCUCUGCCAUUGACUAACAAGAUUGUUGCCUACACGAAUAAGACACUGCUUACUGGCUGCCCAGCUGAAACUGCAACAGCCAUCUUCACCUUGACAGGAACAAGGGAAUUAAGACUUGGCUGGUUCUUUCUGUCUCAUUAUCUUGGAAUGUCUAUUCUUCCACGUGAGGCCCUUUUAUCUUCAGUUUCCUAAGGCACGGCAGCAAUUGGCUUUCUCCCCCAAAGGUGGGUGGGUGAGGGGGAAGAGAAGUUCUACGAGCUUUUCUUUUUAUUGCGUUAAAUUAAGGGUUUGAAUUAAAAGGAUCUGCUCGUUAUGACAGUAGCAGAACUGUGCUCUGGAACACAGGUUGCCGUCCAAAGGAGACAGAGUGGGGGAGGAUGGGCAGAGGCAAUUUCAUGCAGAGAAGGGAUGGUUAGCAGAAUGGUGCCGCUUUUCUUCCGACUAGGAUCCAAGGCCAGAAGCAAGCCUUCCCAGGAGGAAAUCAAGUGAGGGCAGGUGGUUUUGGAAGGGAGUGCUCAGCCCUGGUCCUUCUGCUUCUCCACUUUAAAUUCCCCCUAAUUCUCCUCUCAGCACCAAUGUAUGCUCUCUCUGAGCUUUGUACAUUCUAGCACUUGGGCUGGGCUUCCCUUGCAUCUAAUUAGACCCCCCCCCCAAUAGCAGCCUAGCAAAGAGUUUGAAAGGAUUUGAAUUGCAACUACGUUGUGUCCCAAAGGCCUGCUCACUGGUGCCACCAAUUAUUAUUAUUAUUAUUAUUAUUAUUAUUAUUAUUAUUAUAUACCGCCCUUCAUUGGAAGAUCUCAGAGCGGUUCAAAAGAUAAAGGAAUGGCUGUUCGUGGGCUGUGGCCCUGAAUCUCAACAGGAAUGCCUGCAAAUGCCAUCAGGAUUGCUUAUUACCAAGUAGCUUCAGGUGUUGCUGUUACAGCUUCAAAAGUAUUUCAUAUUUAUUUUGCAACUGACGUGCAUCGCCGCCUGAAACUCUUGCCUUGGCAGAACUGAUUGGGCUUGGCUUUGAUCUCUGAGUAAACUAAGAAUCAAUCAGAAAUGUUUACUUUGCAAAGUGUGUGUGUGUCCUCUUGCCACUGACUUUUCCUCCUCUAAUUCCACUAAGAUGCUACGUGAGCUUUAUCGGUUAUCAAAUGGUCUGGUGGUAAGUUUCUAUAGAAUCCGGACCUCAGGAAAGUAGUUUUUGAUGAGGACAUUUUGGCUUUAUUUUUGUUGAAUAAAUCAUGGUGUAAUAUGCCAUGCAUUGUUGUUCAUCCGAGGUUGUAUUUACCUAAUUUUAAGAGCUGCCAAGGAAAGAUUGUUGUUAUUAUGUGCUGAUAUGUAAAACCACAGAAUUCAAA